AUGCAUGAGAUUGUUCAUUCAUCGACAUCGAACACUACUCAAAGUCUUCAACAAAUCUUACUCGGACGUGGACAAUACAUUCUUGAAUCAUUUACGACCGAUGAAAAGACAUUACCAGCAACAGCCUUAAAACAAAUUGCUGAAAACAAUGAAUUAUUCGGUAGUACAAUAAAACCCAAUGUCAAACGAUUUAUUAUUAUGAUUACUGAUGGAAUCUCUUCUCAGACAGAUACGGAAUUAUUUACAACAGAAUUAGCUAAGGCAAAAGCUGAUCUAUAUAUGGUAUGUAUCAUACCUGAAUUACCCAAAUCAGAUGAUCAGAAAUUUUCCGCUGACUAUAAAAAGUUUGCCUUUGAUCAUGCAGAAAAAGCGAAAGCAUUCAUCCAACGCAUAGCACCUGAUCGAAAUCAACUGAUUGAAAUCGGACAAUUAGAUUUUUUAACAAAAACAGUAGUCAAUGAUCUUAUCAAUAUUAUCGAACAUUCGAUUUUCAUCUAUACUAAUCGAAUGGAAGCACUUCAAACAACUACGGUAGCAUCGAUACAACAUAUCACAAAAUUCCAUCGAUUCAAUGCUUUUACUCUAUCUGAAAUAAGAAAUGUUGAACUAUGGACACAUCCAGAGAUUGCCUAUACUGGUAAAUUUUAUGUCAACGAUUUUCGACAAAAAAUCGAACAACAUAUGGAUAUCGAUUUUUCAGCGGAUUCGAAUGAUUUUAUCAAUAAAUUCGAUUCUGUGAUGGAAGUACUGGAGAAAAGUUAUUCCAAUUUAGAAACCCAUGAUAGCAUAUUAGUUCAUACUGAUAGAAUUCUUCAACAAAUGGAACAACAACUCGAAACAUAUAUUAGUGAAUUAGUAAGAACAAUGGGAGAUUAUAUUUUUUCAGCUUAUAAACCAACACAAGCUUUACCAGAUACACGAGGAAAUCGUUUAUAUAUACCGGGCAUUGUUAAAUUUAUUUGUACACAAGGUCAAUACAAUCGAAUUUAUCUUAAUCAGAUUGGUUCACAAAAACUAGAAUAUCGUAUUGCUCUUCUACUUGAUCAAUCUGUUUCUAUGACUGGACCUACCUAUUUUUCUUCGGUCGAUAUUUUAUAUUCGAUGUGUUCAGCAUUAAAUCAAAUUGGUAUUGAAGAUUUUAAUGUUCUAACAUUUGGUAAACAAAUUCAGUUGAUUAAAAGUUACAAACAAAAAUAA